AUGAAAGCAAAUGUGGCGCCACAUAUGAAGAAAUUUUAUUCAUGUGUAAUUAACAAUACAUUCGAUAUGUCGCAUGCACCAAUAAAAAAAAGUGUUUUCGAUCGUAUUGGAGGAAAUUCAUCUUCACCUUCUGGAGUGACGAAUUCAACGAACAAAAGUACACACGGGUUCUGUAAUACUUUUAUUAAAACUGGAUCAUGUCCACUAGGUGAUACAUGUAAAUAUAUUCACGAGCAGCCGAAUUUCGAUAAACAAUCAGGAUCGAACGACGACUUUCGUAUUACAAAAACAAUAACCAGGGUGGUCGAUAUGUCGUCGUCUUCAUCGAUGAAAAGCACAGUGACAGUAUCGAACGAACAACGACCAGUAGUUGUUUCAAAUUCUAUUCAAUCGAAUCGAACUGUUAUUGAAAGUAUCGCUCCAUCAAUUGAUCAUUCCGCAGAUCGUCGUUCGAGUGGCAGUGAUCGUAAGCAGUUGGAAAGUCAUCAUUCGAGCUCAAAAGUGAGAUCUUCUUCGAAUUCUACUGAAUCAUCGAAGAAAAAGUCACAUUCAUCAUCACACGAAAUCCGUCAUUCCUCCAGCAAAAAGCAGCGUGCAGUUGAAAGUGAAUCAUCGGUGAGUUCGGCGUCAGAUUCCGAAUACACUCAUUCAUCACGUAAACAAAAGAAGAAAUCUAAUCAUUCGAGCUCAGCGAAACAUAAAAAACGUGACUCGAUUUCUCCAACGAAUCAUGACGAAGAGGAAACACUUAAUGAUCAAUUGCUACGACAAACGAGUUCGUGCAAUCGAUCUCCUAAACGGACAAUUAUGAUUGCCAGACGAAGCAAAGAUGAGGCCACGAAAUCUACGAGCAAAGAUUCGAAGAGCAAAUCCGUACCAGAAAUCGAAUUUCUCGGCUCGAAGAAAGUCAAACCUGAAAAGAAACCAGUUGAAACCAUACAUCAGCAAACCGAAAGUAACAAAAAAUCUAACGAGAUCAAACGAGAAAAGAAAUCACCCAGUCGGUCAAUAUCUGAGCAACAAAGACGUCAUUCUUCGUCAACAAAUACCAGUAGCACGAGUAUGUAUGAAAGAAGUACACAAGUCAAAACAGAAGACGCGAAAUCUUCGACCAGUAAAGCGCAAAACUCAUCGGAACGGUCUGAUCGUAAUGCGGCCGAACUGACACCUCCUGUACUUGUUCAACUCUCACCCACGCCUCCGAUUCAAGCAGCAUCGGAAAUGUCUGAUAAAGGAUCUGUGGAACAUUCAGUUGAAGCUGAAAAAUCUCAUGUCAAUCAACCAUCUUCGCCUGUAUGUGUCAUUCUCGAUGACGACUCAAGUCCUGCCCCGUCCGUCGACAAGAAAGAUGCUCGACAAGUAUUAACAAAAUCAGUUAAAAAGAGUAGCGAACCAGAGAAGACCAGUUCUAAGUCAAGUAAACGAUCCAGAGAUGUAGAGAAAAUUCAUACCAAAGACAAAAGUAGCGAAAGCAGUGAAUCAAAGCGCAAACGAUUAAACGACGGUAGCUCAAAGAAAGUUACAUCUAGUAACAAAAGUCGAGAUGAAACUCGUUCGACGAGCAGUCGAUCGGAUCCACGUCGUAGUGCUGUGAAUACUGCUUCAAGAGAUGAAUCAUCCAGUCGGAAACAUAAAGAUAAAUUAGAGGUCAAGUCCAGUCGAAGUAGCGAUGCAAAAGAUCAUACUUCAACAAAAUCACGAAGUAAUAGUAUUCGACACGAUACAACCAGAUCCUCAUCAGAAAAAAAACGAUCGAGUCAUCGGCAUGGAAAAGAAAAAGAUUUAGAAAAUAUUACCGAUUCUGAAGGACAUCUUGACGAAUCCAAUGUUCCAAAACAAACGGCAAUCGAAGCUUACAUGGCUAUGGACUGGUCAUCAUUAUCUCGCGAUAAACGUAUUCCAUCAAAUUCUCAAGUCACAUCCCGUAUUGCUCGCACAACAAACAGCAAUGAUGUCUUAAAUGUUUCCGAUCGUUUGUUAACAACAGAACAAAAAGAAAAACUUCGAGGAGUCGACGUUCACUCAUUACCAUUGACUCAUUUCAUGAAGCAAUUGCAAUUGAAAUCCACACCGAACAUUGUCAAUUCUUGUCAUAGACGGUUUGGCUCAUGCGCAAAAGACAUGAUUGAAAUGAAACAUAAAUUCUUCACUAGAUCCAUUGAACCAGUUCAACGAUAUGAAUUUAUCAAUAAAGAACAUUAUCUCGCAUAUCAACAAGCAAUCAAUUCUUUAUUAGAUAAAACCCCUGUCGAUUCUUCAACUGUACAAGUUGAAACCACAUCAACAACAACGACCGAUGCUCUGUUGUCCUAA